GUCAAAUACAGUAAAGCCAAAUACUUCCUGAUGCAUAAGUUUAUUGUCACAUGACAUUUUGUUUCACCAGUGGAAUGUACACCAACCGAACGCCGAAUUUUUACCGUUAAAUGGAACUGUCAUCUCGGUGACAUGACAGGAGCUUGUCACCACCAUGUAUCUCCCGGGCCACCAUACCUCCGUGUUCACGUUCCAGUCUGCGGUUCACAGCUCCCACGUCCUGAAGCGUCUCAACGACCAGAGACUGGGGGAUGUGUUGUGUGAUGUUACACUGGUGGCAGGCAGCAGGAUGUUCAGGGCCCACUGCUCUGUACUGGCCUCCUGUAGUGACUACUUCUACAGCAGGAUAAUCAACCACACCAGCCCCAGCUUGGUGCUCACUCUGCCUGACCAGGUAACAGCAGAGGGUUUUGAACCGUUGCUCCAGUUCUCCUACACCGCCAAGCUGCUCUUUACCAAAGACAACAUCCUGGCCAUCCACAGGUGUGCCAGGCUCCUGGGGUUCCACAACCUGGAGACUAGCUGCUUCGACUUCCUUCUGCCAAAGUUCCUGGAGGGUAGCAGCAGGACCACAGCCCAGGAGGGAGGAAGAGGAGGCUGCUGUCAGGGCAGGUCCCAGAUCAGCUCCUCCAACCAAGGCAAAUCACCUAGUGGCAGGUCCCCCAACCAGGUCAGGUCCCAGAUCAGGUCCUCCAACCAGGCCCAGGGCAGGACCCAGAUCAGGUCCCCCAACCAAGGCAAAUCACCUAGUGGCAGGUCCCCCAACCAGGGCAGGUCCCAGAUGAGGUCCCCCAACCAGAGGAGGUCCCCUAGUGUUGGCUCAGCCUACAGUAGAAACAGAAAGCGAGACGGAGACGGCCAGUCCCCCAGUGUCGAUUCAGCCCACUGUACAGGCUGUCAGUCCCAGAGCAGGACCCCCAACCAAGGCAUGUCACUCAGCCAGGCCAGGUUGCCUAGUGGCAGGACCCCCAGUCAGGGCAGGUUGCCUAGUGUCAGUUUAGCCCACAAUACAGACAGACACACAGACAGAGACCGAGAGCAGCAGGUUGGACCUCGACAGCAGAACACAGGCCCAGGCCAGACAACAGGAAGUGAUGUCAGGAACAUAGGAAGUGACAUCAGGCCACAGUGUUCAGCUGCCAACCCCAGUGGAACAAUAUCACCACCGUCACACCAGAGCUUAACAGUGCCUUCAGACGGAAACGUACAAAUAGACUUCCAGUCGUCAUCCCAAUGUCCAAAUACCCUGGCCUUGCUAGUCAACCCGGUCAGUGGUGGUCGGGAGCAGUUCUGCAUGUCACCCUUAUCCCUCGGGGGACUGACGUCCUCCAGCGGUCUUGGUGUCCGUCCCAUCCUGGCCUUGCCGUGUCCUGGUGGCGUUGACGGUAAACCAGACCCUGACGCCGUGUUCAGUGAUGGAGACAUCCUAGGGAUGGAGGCAGCGGCGUGUCCGAUGGCGAUGGGUCAGGGUGAGGGGUGUCCGAGAGGGUGCCCGCUCUCCUGCGAGCUGCCGUCCCCUGACGACGUGAGCCCAUCAGACCUUAUGGAGGCAGCGGACGGAGAGAUGGAUGGUGACCAGUCUGUCGUUGGGAGUCUGAUGGCUGAAGAAGCUGGGUGUAGCCCAGGUUCCUGUGGCACGUGCCCACUGAGAGGCUCGGUGGAGGUAGAGGAGGCCGAGCAACAGCAACCUGCAUUGGAUCUCCUGGCAAGACGCAAAAGCCCCAGCUCAGAAAAGAGUGGCGAGGAGAGCCAUGGUGGAUGCCCUAUGCUCCCAAGGUCACCAGGAUUAGGUCAAGUAGGUCAGCUACCUGUGUUAGAGCGGAGAGAGGACCCUGGUUUGGAUGGGGGCGUGGCUGUUGGGGGUCAUCUCUCUGACUCCGCCCUCACUGAUCCCACCCUCUGUGGUCUUACCCCUGAUGAUGCGGGGUACGGACUCGGAGAGCGGAGCAGCGUGGAGAGGGAGGUGGCUGAACAUCUGGCCAAGGGUUUCUGGCCUGACUUGUGCCCUUCACAGACUGAACCUCUCCCUAGUCUCCCUAAUCUGGACAUCAUGGAGCACGGAGGUCUGGGGAGAGUUCCUAAUCUGGACACCAUGGAGCACGGAGGUCUGGGGAGAGUUCCUAAUCUGGACAUCAUGGAGCACAGUGGUCUUGGGACGGCUGCAGACUUCCACUGGCAGCUAGACCUGAACUCAAAUCCAGGGGACUGUCCCUUCCUUAGAGACCUGGGGACAGGAGAGGCAGGGGGGAUAGAAGAGGUGGGGGGAGUGGGGGAGGUGGGGGAG